CCAUAGCCACAGCCUCAUCGAAGGUGGAGUCUUGUCGCUUGUGCUCCGCGUCUCAGUCAAAGUCGCGCACACUUUAGUAUGAGUGUAGGCGUGGAGGUGUGAGGACGCGCUGCGCUCGUCAAUGAUCACCGUCUGUUGUGCAACUUUGUCACUUGCACUGUGUAUUUUCUUUUGUGAUCACAUAAGUUUUUUAGUGGACGAAUAAGAAUGUAAUACGAGUUACGUGAUGUCAUACGGUAAAUAGUUUCAAAUACUGUCAAGGAUAAGAAGAUAGAGCUGUUUUCGUACUUUUGACUACAUACCAGUGUGUUUGUUUCACAAGGCGUGCGUUUGUCCGUAUCCUGGUGUCGUUGAAGUCUUGUACUUCGUUUUAAUCGUAUCUGUACGAAUAAGUUAACUCGUUAUUAAGUUGCCGUUUGCGUUAUUGCUGCAUUUAUGCUAAAUUACCACCUCCACCUACCCAAGAAGAUGGGUGUGAAACUUUUCUACCCGCGUAAACGCGGUCUCCUUUUCAAGUUCAUUGCAUUUUGCACGUUCAUUGGGUUCAUGGGCUUAUGGUUUAAGCACGAUGAACUAGACGUUGACAACAAUAGUCUGCGGAAGUCGCAAGAUGACACCAACAUCAACCACAUCCCAGCUUUAGAAAAAUCCAAAACUCAUAAGCCAUUGGCCCAAGUGGCCCAGCCGGAUCCUCAAAUCGUGCAUGUCAAUAACGUCGAGGAAGUUAUCAAGCCAGUGCAGGAGAUACCCAAUGUGGACGUACCGCAGUUGCCCAAGAAUGAUGCCAGGUUGCAGGCCCCGAAAAAGAAUCUCCCGAGUAAUGAAGAUAUGAUUGAAAGAAUGAAGGCCGAGCAGUGGUUCGCCCAGGACGAGAAGAAGGUCGUCAGGGGAUUAGGGGAAAACGGAAAACCAGUUCGACUCACCGGGGAAGAAGGGCGCCUCGCCGAAGAAGUCAUGAAGAAAGAGGCAUUCAAUCUUAUCGCUAGUGAUAAGGUGUCUCUUAAUCGCACUGUGCCGGACUCCAGAGACCCACUAUGCAAAGACCUCCGCUAUGACACCGAUCUUCCCUCCGCCUCAGUGAUAAUCAUCUUCACCAACGAGGCCUGGUCCCCUCUCCUACGGACCAUAUGGUCUGUCUUGAAUCGAUCCCCGCGAUCCUACCUCAAAGAAAUUGUCCUGGUAGAUGACUUUUCAGACAGAGAGGAGCUUGGCGAAAAACUUGACCUCUACUUGAAGUAUCGUUUACCUCCCAUCGUGAAAUUGGUUCGACUGAAGGAGCGCCAUGGACUCAUCCGUGCUCGCUUGGCAGGCGCGCGGGCGGCUGUGGGCGACGUACUCGUGUUCCUGGAUUCCCACUGUGAAGCAAAUGAGAAAUGGAUGGAGCCAUUACUACAAAGAAUAAAGGAGAGUAGAACGGCUGUUCUUGUCCCCAUCAUUGACGUGGUUGAUGAUAAGACUCUUGAAUACUACAAUGGAAAUGGACGCUAUUUCCAGGUUGGUGGUUUCACAUGGAGUGGACAUUUCAAGUGGAUAGAAAUUAGUGAGAGCGAACAGCGACGUCGUGGGAGUCCUGUUGGCCCAACAAGGUCUCCAACUAUGGCAGGAGGUCUCUUUGCAAUUGAGAGAAACUACUUCUGGGAAGUUGGAGGUUAUGAUGAGGGCAUGGAUGUUUGGGGUGGAGAAAAUCUGGAAAUGUCCUUCAGAGUUUGGAUGUGUGGUGGAACUCUUGAGACCAUCCCAUGCUCCCGUGUUGGACAUAUUUUCCGCUCCUUCCAUCCAUAUACAUUCCCAGGCAAUAAAGAUACUCAUGGACUCAACACUGCCAGAUUGGCUGAAACUUGGAUGGAUGGAUAUAAACGACUCUUCUACCUUUAUAGACCCGAGUUAGAGCAUGCUGACUAUGGUGAUGUUAGUGACAGAAAAGAGCUGAGAAAUAGACUUCAUUGCAAGAGCUUCAAAUGGUACCUUGAUAAUAUUUAUCCACAGAAAUUUAUUCUUGAUGAAGAAGUUCUGGCUUACGGACGAGUACGAAACAUUGGUUCGAACAUAUGUAUUGAUAUCUUAGAGCGGGAAGACUUGGAUAACAACGAAUACAACCUUGGCCUUUACUCAUGUGAGCAUGCUCCUCUUCGCAAUGAGUUUAUGUCCUUUACUAAAACUGGAGAACUGCGACGAGAAGAAGUUUGUGCAGAAGUGCCAACUUUCUUUGCCAAAACUUAUGAAAAUGUGAAGAUGUCAACGUGUCAUGGACGUCAAGGAAAUCAAGAAUGGGUCCUAACUCAGACUGGGCACAUUGUUCAUAAGGCUACCAACAAAUGCUUAGAUAGAGGUGACAAGCAGUCAAUGGAUGACGUAUUUGUAACAGAUUGUUCAAAUUCAAGAACGCAGCAAUGGUGGUUUGACCAUUAUGUUUUAGCUGGUUCCUAUUAGGAUUUAUUUAUUUAAUGUAAUAAUGAAUUGAGUGUGUAGUUUGUUAAGUUUUUAGUUUUAUAUGAGCACUGGAUUUUUAGCUGCAAGCUAGUUGAAGCCCCUAUAUAGCAUUUAGGUGUGACUGCUUGAGAAUGUACAACCAUAUCCUAUUCAUACACUCAAAAGCGCCAAGUCAUUUUGUAUUUUGUGAUGAAUAGAGCACCUAAUCACAAUACUGUAUUUGCUUUGUUCUUCCUUUUAAUGAGGCAUUUGUUGUACAGUAUGUAAUUUGUUGAGAAACUGCUUUACUAGAAACUUAUAAAUGCUUUGAAGCUUUGGAGAGAGAAUUGUCUGAAUUACUUGAUCAAAAUAUCUAUGUUUUAUGUAUUUGCACCUCAGCAUGUUACUUCAAGGUAGAACUAGCUUAUUGCUAAAAAUCCACUUUUAUUUUAUAUUCCACUGUAAAUGCUUACAGAGUCAAUGGUAUGUGCUGUGAUCUAUCAAAGUUUGAAACUUACAAAGCUGUGCUUGUAAAAUAAAGUAGAGAUAGUCUAAUGAUUUAAUAUCAUUCAGAUAUUUUAGAUUAACAUAAAUCUGUAUGAUCUCUUUAUCAGUAUAUUCCUUAUCAUUUUGUAAUUCAAGAUAUGGCGCAUGGUAGUCGUAAUUACCCAUUAUAAUUGAUAAAUGCAUAGUAAAGUUACAAAUAAUGGUAACUAAUACUACUAGAGAUGAUUCAGACUGAAUUAUAAUUCGGACAUUUCUUAACCAACAAAUCUUUUUAAAUUACAUUUUUAUGAUAGUUUGAUUUUUUUUCUGAAUGAAAGGAUGCAAAAAUUAUCUUGCUAUUGAAGUAAAAGUAAGUAAUAAGCAAAUUAAUGACUUAAACUUUCCAUACAUUGCCAUACAAUACAAUGAAAUAAAAUUAUAUACACAUAUUCCUAUACCUCACUUGCCAAUGUAUCAUUAACUGGUAGUAUUUCUGAAACAAUAAUUUUGAGUGAAUACCUGAUCAACAUACAUUCCUUAAAGAUUCAAUCUUGAAAUUAGACUGGUAAUAACAUUUAGGUAGCUGAAUCUAGAUACUGAACAUAUUGAAAUUAUACAUUGAGAAAUGAGUGCUAAGUAAAGUUUAUGGAAAUCUUUAUGUACACUAACUGUUAUCAUGGGUGAGUUCAAGACAAUAUAAAUUUUUGUGCUGUGGUGAUUAUAGUUUUGCCUGAUUCAUAUUAAUAGUGGUGCAUUUUUUUGUGAAUUAUGUUAUAUGGUAAGACUUUGUCCCUUCAUUAAACUUACAUUUCAAGUACAGAAAUGAUUAAGAGUUCAGUGUUGAACUGCAUUUCAUUUCUGACUGUAAUAUAAAAUACAAAUUAUCUCUUUGAUAAUAAUUAAAACCAUAGGGAAGUAAUACAGGUACUCCUCAUUUAAUGACGUACUCGUUUUACGACAACUCAGAGUUAUGACAACACAUGGAGAGAAAAAACCAUAAAAUGAAAAUAAAAACAUUGCCAAUGGUGGCCAAUAGGAAGACUAUUCAGUGCCAAUAAUCUAGCCUAGCCUAGGUUUUGGAAACCUUGAAAUCUGUGACUGUUACAAUGAAUAAGGAUUUAAUAUACUUUGUAAAGUCUGCAUUCUAUGGUCUGGGAACUCCACUGGUUGGCUUGAUUCAGCCGCCAUUAGUUCCUUGUGCGGCCGAACAGGUGGUGCCACAGUUGUUUACAACUUCAAGACAGCAAAAAUUAUGCCAUAUCUCCUUUAUUUUAGUGAGAAUAAUUCUUAGUAAUGAAAACAAAAUGUGUGAAUUAGUAAUGAAAAGAAAAUGUGUAAAGUCAAAUGUUUCUUAUAUUAACUUGAAAAUAAAUAUAUUUUUUAAAUAUUCCACUUUAGAAGUCUCUACCAAUUCUUUUUAUUCAAAACAAUGAGACAUUAUACACGAAUUCCUUACUUUUGGUAUGCUUGAAAGACUUACAUAUGAUACAGUUUGAUAAUUUUUUAUACAACUGUGUAUUUACAUACCUAUUUGAUAUGUCACCCAUGAGAUCAGAUGAUGUUAGUGGUAAGAGUUGCAAGUGUAAAUCUUUAUCAAUGCUAGAAAGUGCUUAUCCCAUUUGCGAAUAGUUGUGUUCACUUUCCUCAAUAGAUGGCGUUGUGCUUUGUUUACGUUUUGAUGGCGACAUUCAAAUGCCACGUGAUCGCUGAAAUUCAUUCAUUGUUUUUUUCAUUUCACUACCCUCUACGAUAAAAAUAAAUGAUGAAGAAACUAAUAGCGAUAAUUAUGAAAUACCAAAUUUAGAAUAUAAAAGUGACUGCUAAAUAAUGUGCAGAUUCUGAGAAAAGUUUAGUACUGUAUUGGCUUACCCUAGCAUUGUAUUUACUUGGUAAUAGGCCAACUAGGGAAUGAAUUUGGCUAAAUGUGGUAAAUUAAGUACACCAUUUUAAUGAAAAUUAUACAUUAUGAAGUUAUAAAAUGAAAAUAUAUAUGAUUGAUAAAAUGAUAAAAAGCAUUGUCAGUACUGCCAAAUAGUAGGCUAUGUCUGAAACUAGUUCUGUGUAUAAUAUAUGACUCAAAAUUAAUGCUAUUAAUCGAAAUAAAGAGAAUAAAGCGUUUAACAACGAAUUCGUUUAACGAUGUGGUCGCUGGAAUGGAACCCUGUCGUUAAACGAGGAGUACCUGUAGCUGUAAAAUUGUACUGUUCUACUGGGUUUUACAUAAUGUUUUGUCCAUUUGAUGGCUUAUGAGUCACUAAUGUCAUAGGGAAUACUCUGAAUCAUCCUUUAUGAUAAAUGCAGUAUUCUUGAUUCCCAGUUCUUGUUGAGAGUUAUUUACAUAAUAUUUUGCUCAACUAUUAUAAUAAGUGGAAUAUGUUUGGAGACAUUAUAGUGGAAUACUGGUACCACAAAUUUAGGUGAUUAAUUAUCCAUUUCACAAAAAAAGUGAAUAUAGUAAGGAACAACUGAAUAAAUGUUAACUAGCUUACUUGUAACAUCUGAUCCAGUAAAGAUGCACGUGUGUUUAUUCAUUAUAGAUGUCAGUGGAGCAUUGUGAUAAUGAGAGAAGUAUUCAUUUAUGACGAAACAGUUCUGUUUUCAAUGAGAAAAAUAUUUAUUUCAUACUCAGUCUAUAUAUUAUUGCACACAUGGCUGUGUACUGUGAACUGUCCUUUGUAGGAAUAUUUGCAGAGAAGUUUGAAAAUUAGGUUUUCUUUUUGAAUCACUUAGUUCUAUGUACCUGAUUUGGAUAUAAAACUCCAUGGUUAAAAACUGAAAGAUUCUAACGAAAGGGAUAAUACAUAGGUUUCAUAACAAAUUGCAAAUAACUAGUCAUAGCUACAUAGGUAACAGUUUGAUAUGGGUACUGAUGUUGAUAUGUAUUUGGUAGAUAUUUCAUUGCUACAACUGAUAUCUAAAGAAAGAUCUGAAUAAGGAUGAAAACAAAUCAGUGACUUAACAGUAGUUAUAUCACUGUAGUUAGAUAUAAUCUUUUGCUACCAAAUAUGCAAGACGUAGGAAUAGUAAUGUAUAUUCUUGUUAAGGACUGGCAAGUGAUAGCGAAAAAAAAAUUUAAUAUGACAAGAAGAGUUUUAUACCGGCAGCUAAUGAAAUACAUUAUAUAUACCACUGACUGCAAGUUAUGAUUCUGAGGUUGCAGUUGAAUGAAAGGAAUACUACACCUAAACAAAAUGGUGAAUUGUAAAACAACAAAGAGGGUCUCAAGGGGUAAACUAAUGCAAAAAGUAAAAGCUAUUAUAGUACAGCAAAAUCAUGAAAUAUUUUAAGGACAAGAGAAAAAUAUCACAAAGACAGAAGAAUGCAAUACCAUAGCAUAGACUAUCUACUUGAGUGAGUUCCUUAUACACUGAGCUUAUAAAUGGACAUGAUGAGUUUUUAGUUGACAUUAUGAAUAGGUUUAGUCCUGGAUUUUGAACCAAAUUAUGGUUAAAGUCCUUCACUGAGGUAAUCUUCACCACCAUAUACAGCUACAACAGUUCUGUCGGCUAGUGACAUGCACAGAUGAUAGUACGUACAGGUAAUUGGACAAUAAAGGCUGGGACAAUUAUGGACACCAUUAGCUAAAGGGAUGAAGGGUGCAUCAUGUUUCCCUUCCAUCCUCAGGGCUGAUUUUAUGGCCCAUGGACAAUUAACAGAUAAUUAUAUUUCUGAUUUUUAUGGCCCAUGGGCAAUUAACAGAUAAUUGUAUUCAAACACUUGAACUUGGGGUAUAAACAUAGUUACAUAUAAUAACUCUGAAAUUAGAAGAAAAAUAAUUUAUUUACACCUUGUUUGGAUACUUCACUCUUUAAUAGCACCAGGAUCUUAAACCCUUCACACAAACACAAACAUGCAAAAGUAUGUAUGAAAUUAAAGUUGCCAAGAACUGUUCCCCAUAAUGCCAGGAAUACACAAGCCACUUUGUGGUGGCACAGAGUGGUGUCAGUAUGUGGCGAGGAUGUGGCUUCCCAUAGGUUUCCAUGGUUUAUAAGCUGUGACAGGGAUCAGAGACAGCUCACCAUAGUUGCUUGCCACAGACACUUGUAUGCUUGACAUAGCUUUCAAACAAUGGAAACCUAUUGGAAGCCACAUUCCUGCCAUACACAGACACCACUCUGUGGCACCACAGAGUGGCUCGUGUACUCCUGGCCUAAGAGUUCAAUUUAUUGUCAGUAGAUUUUGAAUAAAUUUUUUAACCGCCGCCAAAGAGAAAAUCUAUCAUGAAGCAAUUAUUGACCAAAAGAAUUAACUUUGACACUCUAGAUUUUAAAUGUAUAUAUAUUGUAUAUUGAAUGAAAGGUUUUGAUCUUUCUCUUUAAAUACCCAGUGUAUGAGAGGGUACAUCACCUUGACUUUGUGUACUGUUUAACAUAGUGAAAUAUUUAAAGUAAGUAAAUUCUAAGAAACUCAUCUUUUCUCAUACAGUAAGGAUUCUGUUAAACUUACAAUCUUGCACCACAAAAUAAGUAUAUAAUUAUUAUAUUUUCAUAUCUCUAAUUGAUCCAGAGCCAGAAAAGCAAAUUGAACCAUGAAUGUUAACAAAAGAAUGCUUUUUCCCAAAAUAUUCCUAAAUCGAUCACUGUCCCUGCUUUUACUGUCCUAUCACCUGUGCAUGUAUGGAGCCAACAGAGCUUUUAUUAUAUAUAUAUCACUGCAGAUUUUUCCCACUUCACCUCUUAAAAUCCAAUGUAUAAUCUCUAAGUAAAUCUAAGUUUUUACAAUAAAUACUUACUUUUA